AUGGGUCUCCUUACGCUGCCAACUGAGCUUUUGCUCACCAUCGCGAAACACAUGAAAUCCCAGGGGGAUAUCGACUCAUUCGUGCGGACCAGCCGACGCCUGUGGACAGUGAUCAACCAUUACCUGUAUCAUUUCAACAUCGUUGACCACAGGGGUAUUGGUAUCAUUAGAGCCGCAGAGAACAAUCAACCAGUUUCAGUCCAAUACUUCAUCGAUGCCGGUAUCCGCAAAGUCGAACACUGGGACCGCGUGCCCAUGCUUGUUGCAUCCGAAUCGGGCCACGACUCGGUCCUCAGAACCCUUCUCGAGGCAGGUGCCGCACCAGAUUUUGGAAUACUACAAUGCUGCAAACUCAAAAUCCCAUUGAUAAAUGCCUGCUCUGGUGGACAUGAGAAUGCAGUGAACCUAUUACUCCAAUAUGGUGUUGACGUGGAUCUCAGUACUUCUGUUCAGGCUCAAAGCCCCCUUCACGCUGCGGCUUAUUUUGGGCAUGAGUCGAUCGUCAGGACCUUGAUUCAGCAUGGCGCCGACAUCGAGGCUUACACCCGGGGCUUGAUCGGCGAGGGUCGACCCCUUCACUUUGCCGUCAUGGGCGGUGAGCCCGAUGUUUUCCGGGCUUUGGUAGACCUUGGUGCCACGGUGGAUAUUUCGCUUUUACACUGCACAGCCCAGUAUGAUUAUGCAUGGGAAUGUGUGAAAGCAAUACUGGAAACUGGCAUAGACGUCAAUUGCCGCGAUGACGAAUUCCGAACCCCCCUUCACUGCGCUGCGAUGAAUAGUGCCGCAGAUGUCGCUAGAAUACUUAUCCAGCAAGGAGCAGAAAUUGAGGCCAGAGAUCGCUUCCUCAGUACCCCUCUACACCACAGCGUGUCCCGGGACAAUUGGAAAGUGGUUAAAAUAUUGCUUAAGCUCGGAAGAGCAGAUGUUCAUGCGAGAAACUCAAAGGGUAAUACACCAUUGCAUCUUGUAACAGAAGUAACAGAACACGAAGAUCUUGACGAAAAGAUCGAAACUGUGAAAUUACUUGUUGCGAAAGGGGCUUCCAUUGAAUCAGAGAAUCGUCAGCGAGAGACGCCACUUUUUUCAGCUAUAAGAAACAAGGAAGUGGUCACUGCAAGCCUCUUGAUUGAGAUGGGUGCGAAUAUUGAGCAUCGCAACGUGCGGGGAGAUACGCCGAUUUAUUCUGCACUGAGGACACAAUCAGCCCCUAUCAUCGAACUGCUACUUGCAAAGGGCUGUAGGACAAACAUUCAGAACAAGCGGGGAGACACUCCUCUAAUUGUUUCCUCGAAGCAGAAUGUCGCGACGGACAGGUUCUUUUGCGCGAUGAUGAAUGCACAGCAUUGA